AAAAGGUUCGAACACCACCCGCUCCUUGAAGCUAGAUUAGGUAGGGCCUUGAGCCCCUGGAUUCCGGUUCCUCUGCCGCUUCCCUGGAAUCCUGGUUUGGCUUUGCCUUUAGUUUUGAAGCAGUCACGUUGUACUAAGAACCGGGAAAGACCGAAAACUAUCAGAACCCGGCAACUAAUUUCCUGGCGUUUCACCCGCGUGUUGCCCCAAAUGCGCAAGCGCUGCAACCGCCCGCACACCGGGAGCUGGUAGAAAGAAGUGGAGGGCGGGAGACGCAUCCCGUGACUGCUGUUCAGGGCGAGGCUGGUGCAUUCGAAGUCUUGAGCCGCAGCAGCGCUGAUGGCGAUUUUCAGUGUAUAUGUGGUGAACAAAGCUGGCGGCCUGAUUUACCAACUCGACAGCUACGCACCACGGGCCGAGGCUGAGAAAACUUUCAGUUACCCACUUGAUCUGCUGCUCAAGCUACAUGACGAGCGAGUGCUAGUUGCCUUCGGCCAGCGCGACGGCAUCCGGGUGGGCCACGCAGUGCUGGCCAUUAAUGGCAUGGACGUGAACGGCAAAUACACAGCUGAUGGGAAAGAGGUGCUGGAGUACCUAGGCAAUCCUGCUAACUACCCGGUGUCCAUUCGAUUCGGCCGACCUCGCCUCACCUCCAAUGAGAAGCUCAUGUUGGCUUCAAUGUUCCACUCGCUGUUCGCAAUCGGCUCCCAACUAUCUCCUGAACAGGGCAGCUCAGGCAUUGAGAUGCUGGAGACAGAUACAUUCAAACUGCACUGCUUCCAGACACUGACAGGGAUCAAGUUUGUGGUGCUGGCAGACCCUCGGCAAGCUGGGAUAGAUUCUCUUCUCCGAAAGAUUUAUGAGAUUUACUCAGACUUUGCCCUCAAGAAUCCAUUUUACUCCCUGGAAAUGCCUAUCAGGUGUGAGCUGUUUGACCAGAACCUGAAGUUAGCCCUGGAAGUGGCAGAGAAGGCUGGAACUUACGGACCUGGAUCAUAGGCUGAACCUGCAACAGCCCCUCCCUGCUUCCUAAAUACUGAAAGAUCCUAUAGCAGGGUUCCUGCCAAUUCCAUUCCAAUGGAAAUCCCAGCAGCCUUGGUAGUACCCUUGAAAAGGGAAGGAUGUUGAAUCUGAUGAUGCAGUGAUCCCUGAGCCUUAAAACUAUGCUGUCUUCCCUCCUAUAUCUAUCAUGGUCCUACUUCCCAAUUCUGUACAGAUUUAUUUAUGGAGGAGGUAGGCCCACAAAUGCUGUAAUAAACAUUCCUUUGAUCUCA